AUGCAACCACCCAUGCUCGUACUGGUGAUCGUUGCGCCUGAUCCAGACGAAGUCUUCCGUGCUGUUCAGGCACUUAGAGAGAACCUCGCAGAAUUACAAAACACUUCUGAGCCCAUCCACUACUACUUGUCCCUGAAAAGGUUUCCCGAAGAGGAUUUCACUCGUCUUCUGGAUAGUGAAGGUGGCAAAAGGCGUAAUCUUCGGCUGACAUACUACCAUGGCCUCGAUUUUGCUCGCCUUCGCAUCCCGGGGUUUGGGAGCACCUUUUGUGGCGACUUUAGCCUCGCAGGCGCAAAGGUCCGCCGUACUUCCCUGAAUGUCUCAAACCAGGCCGACGAAAGCUAUGAGUCGGAUACACUGAAACCAUGCCGCAGCUUCGACACGACGCCCAAAUCUGGUGGAAAGGCCCGGGCGUCUGACUUCACUCAUCACAUUGUCGGCAUCGAUACCAACAGCCCACAGAACGCGAUUAUCGAGCCCUGGUCUCCAACUCUUGCUGGUGCUCAUCUAGGAUGCAGGCAAACGCUUUCCAUCGCCAAUCGCCAGGUCCGGUGGGCCUCUUCCGAUAGCUUCUAG